AUGUCUUCCUUUAUCAAGCAGGAGCCGGACGCCUCCUCGCCUUACAUUAAACCGGAUCCCGAAAGCAAAGACACUAUUCUCGCCGAUAUCGACGACGAGGAUCUGUACGAGGAUGAUGGCGAUCUAGAUUUCGCGAGUGCGGGACAGAGUCUAUGGCUUUCUCGAAUACCGCGGUCGCUUUGGGAACACUGGUCCAAGCUGGAUGAUGACGAGGAAAUUCAAAUCGGCACAGUGAGGAUUGAGGGAGAUAUGAAGAAUCCUAAACGGGUCAGUUUGCGCCUCAACGAAACAGAGGAGACUCGCGACAUUCCGAAGGACUACGUCUUGGCGCGGCAGACGGUGAAUGCGGAGAACUUGCUACACAUGACUCAGAACACAUAUCUCUUUACGGAGAAGGACAUUCCUGGCUACGAAAAUCGGAUGAUAACCUUUGGUGAGACGCGGUCUGCUCUAUACGAGUCGAUGAAGCGCGAGGCGAGGAGAAAAGAGAGGAAGAAUAAAUGGGAGCCUUACGUUCGGAAAACAAUUCCAAAGCGGACUGCUCUCGUGGGACAUGUGAAGGAAGAGUUCAACUGCCUCCCCGUUGAGAACGAAGAAUUCAGGAUCCUGUCAGAGAAGAAGGCUCUGGAAGCUCUGAAGCCGAGGCGGGAAGUCAAGUACGUCGACAAGAUGCCAGCCAAGUUGCUCAACCAGAGACACGCUCUGCCUGGAGACCAGGGCGCAUUUGUGCAAGCGACGAAGCCAACGAAACUCAAAGCACAAGAAAACAAGACCACUCGUAUGCCCCAGAACGAGCUGCUGGAUCUUAUUUACCAGUGCUUCCGGGAGUACAGAUACUGGCCUUUUAAGACACUCAAAGCUAGACUUCGGCAACCGGAGGCUUAUCUUAAGCAGACAUUGGAGAUGAUUGCCCACUUGGUGAAAUCCGGCGACUUUGCCAUGACGUGGGAGCUGAAGCCGGAGGCGAGAGAGAGCAAUUACUCGAAUGCUGUGGAUGUCAAGCAAGAAGCCGCUCCUGGUCUCGAUUACAACUUUGACGAGGGCUCAGAGACCGAUGCGAUGGCUUCCGGCAUGGAUAACGAUGACAUGCAGUUUGAAAAUGUGGUUUAG